CUGGCAGGGGAGUGCAGGAACGGAGUCUGAUGGGAAGAGGCAGGCAGACUUACUAAAGGUGAUCCGUGCGGGAUGGAUGGAUCACAGGCCCGGGUCGGUAUCGUGCGGGCAGCGUGGUACAGGAGGAGCAAGCAGAGAAUAGUCGGGGUCACAAGCCAGGUUCAGCAGGUAGCGGGCAGCGCGGUACGUGGAUCAGGCAGAAGGAUGGUCAGGCAAGCCAGGGGUUCAACAGGAGACAGUCAGCAGAGGUCAGGAUCAAAGCAGGGUCAGCAACGAGGCAGGAACACAGGAUACCAGGUA